GGACAGAGGAUCCAAAGGCCAAAUUUCCACUUUUAGCAGUUUCAUUUCAACUGUUAACCAGAAGAAAGAAGCCGCUGAAAACAGAAGUUCACCUACACAUCUUGUUUUCCCUAACAUCAAGAAUGUGAGAGACCUACCACCAAUUUGCCUUGAUGUUAGACAAAAACAGCGUGUUUCUGUAGAUGCGUUACCAUCUGAAAUGAAGGCCCCAGUUCUUUCAGAAUCUGUCCUUCCUAACCAGUCCAAAACUAUGAAAGACUUUCAGGAAGAUAUAGAAAAAGUUAAGUCAUCGGGAGAUUGGAAAGCAGUACAUGAUUUUUAUCUAACAACAUUUGAUUCUUUCCCAGAACUAAAUGCUGCAUUUAAGAAAGAUGCCACUGCCUCCUUUAAUACCAUUGAAGACUCUGGGAUUAACGCUAAAUUUGUGAAUGCUGUAUAUGAUGCCUUACUUAAUACUCCUCAAGACAUUCAGAAGACAGUAUUAAAGGGAAUCAUUAACAGCCUAUUACGAGAAUGGAAAGGUCCACGAACAAAAGAUGAUCUUAGAGCAUAUUUUAUACUUUUACAGAAUCCUCAGUUCAGUAAUACGUCUACGUAUGUCAUCCAUGCUCACUUGCUGCGACAGAUAGCUGCCUUAGUGGAAGCUGAUCAUCAUGUCCUGGUCCACUGGCUUAAAAAAUUAUCCCAGAAGAGGUUCAAACAAUUGGUAGAGAGAUUGCUGCAGUUUAUUUCUUUGCGCCUGUUUCCUGCAAAGCCUGAAGAAUUUCCACCUAUAACAAAGUGUUCCUGGUGGAUCCCAUCAGCAUCCAAAGUGUUGGCUUUACUUAAUACUGCAAACAGUUUGGUUCAUCCUCCCCUUAUUCCUUAUACUGAUUUCUAUAAUUCGACAUUGGAUCACAUUGAUCUCAUGGAAGAAUACCACACCUGGCAGAGCUUUGGAAACUCUCACAGGUUUUCCUUCUGUCAGUACCCAUUCGUUAUUUCUAUAGCUGCAAAAAAAAUCAUUAUUCAAAGAGACUCAGAACAACAGAUGAUAAGCAUCGCAAGGCAAAGUCUGGUGGAUAAAGUAUCUCGAAGACAGAGACCUGAUAUGAACAUGUUAUUUCUAAAUAUGAAAGUAAGACGGACACAUCUGGUUAGUGAUUCGCUUGAUGAGUUAACCCGGAAAAGAGCAGACUUAAAAAAGAAGCUGAAAGUUACAUUUGUAGGGGAAGCUGGUUUGGACAUGGGUGGCUUGACUAAAGAAUGGUUCCUUCUUCUAAUUCGCCAAAUUUUUCAUCCAGAUUAUGGCAUGUUUACAUAUCACAAGGAUUCACACUGCCAUUGGUUUAGCAGUUUUAAAUGUGAUAACUAUUCUGAAUUCCGAUUGGUUGGAAUUCUUAUGGGACUAGCUGUUUAUAACAGCAUUACCUUGGAUAUUCGUUUCCCCCCCUGCUGUUACAAGAAAUUAUUGAGCCCUCCCAUCAUUCCUAGUGAUCAAAAUAUACCAGUAGGCAUCUGCAAUGUGACCACUGAUGACUUGUGUCAGAUUAUGCCUGAGUUGGCCCAUGGGUUAAGUGAACUCCUAUCCUAUGAAGGCAAUGUUGAAGAAGAUUUCUACUCAACAUUCCAGGUUUUUCAAGAAGAAUUUGGAAUAAUUAAAUCCUACAAUUUAAAGCCAGGUGGUGAUAAAAUUCCAGUUACCAAUCAAAAUAGGAAAGAAUAUGUGCAGCUUUAUAUUGACUUUCUUCUCAACAAAUCCAUCUAUAAGCAAUUUGCUGCAUUUUAUUAUGGAUUUCAUAGUGUGUGUGCUUCAAAUGCCCUGAUGCUGCUUCGUCCAGAAGAGGUUGAAAUUCUGGUCUGUGGAAGUCCCGAACUGGACAUGCAUGCUCUGCAGAGAAGUACUCAGUAUGAGGGCUACGCAAAAACAGACUUAACUAUAAGAUAUUUUUGGGAUGUUGUGCUUGGAUUUCCUCUUGAUCUUCAAAAGAAGUUGCUACAUUUUACUACAGGAAGUGACAGAGUACCUGUAGGAGGAAUGGCUGACUUGAACUUUAAAAUCUCAAAGAAUGAAACUUCUACUAACUGGUUGCCUGUGGCCCACACCUGCUUCAAUCAACUUUGCCUUCCCCCCUACAAGAGCAAAAAGGACCUAAAACAGAAAUUGAUCAUUGGAAUUUCAAAUUCAGAAGGUUUUGGACUUGAGUAACCUAGAAGACUUGAAAUAUAUUUUAUAUGUAGCAUUUACUUCCCUCUUAUUGUGCCUUUAACCUUUUCAUGUCUCUGUCUCACAGCACCUUGACAAAGCUCACUAACUUUAAAAUACUGAUUUUUUUUAAAUCAAAUAUGAAAUAUGUUCAGUGGGGGAGGCAUGAUUUUCUAAAAACACAGAAAUUGCUUGAGGAAAAGACCAGAUGGCAGAGACAGAUGUGGGUCCAGCCAUUCCUUUUUAUAGCACUUUAUGAUUCUCCAUAGGUCCUUUCUCACCAGUGCUCCACUGGGAAAGCAAAGCACAGUGAAGAAAGCGCCGACCGCGUAGUGGCGCCCGGUGGGGCCCGGUGGGGCCCGGUGGGGCCCGAUUGGGCCCCGGGGGCAGACACAUGCACAGCUCCAUUCUCGUUCGUGUAAGGCAUGUAGCCAUAUUUUCAUAUAGAGGUAAACAACAACAGUAUAAAUGCUGUUUACAGGGUUUGUUUGUUUGUUUGUUUUUUUGAUAUACUGGCUUUGGUCCUCUAAGAUUCUUUUCAACUGUUGCUGAAAAGCAUGUAAAUAACUACAUAAUAGCCUGAGAAUAAUGGGAUUUUGAUAGUGCCAUUUAUUGCUAAAAGAUUUAUUUUUACAAAGUAAAUUCAGGGUUUUAGAUGUGUAUACAGCUUUUACAAAUCAAUAAAGAUGAUUGUACAAGAGUGUUAACUAUUUUCAGACUAAUUGGAUUUGAGGUUCUGUUCUUUUAAGUAAUGUUAGUCUGCAUGCACAUUGGCAGUAAACUAAUUACUUUGAGUAUUCUGUAAUAUUUGUAUAAUGAUCAUUUCUUCUUAAGGGUCAGGACAUUAGAGGGGAAAUCAGAUCUAACUAAUUGUUAAUAAAUUAAGUCAAUUACAAGCACAAAAGAACUGUUUUUAUAUAUAAUUUGAUUGAUGUACAAGGCUUAUUUCUAAUAUUUUUUGAUUACCAGUUGUACUGACACACUAAUUUUGGGGAAAGGCUAGGAUAAGAUAUUUGACAAAAGUGAAUACAAUAAUAACAUCUGUGUCAAAAUGAUGUAGCUUGGUGUAAAAAUAAAGUUCAACAUUUUGGCCAAAAUGUUUGUAUUUCACUGGAUUCUGAAUGUAGUAAAUUCAAAAGUACCCUUUUUGGAGUUUCUCAACAAGUAGCAUGUAAAAAGAAACUACAUUUUAAGUCAGACUGUAAAUGGUUUUCUUUUUAUUUACAGCAAAUGAAGCAGUUUUAUUGGCAUGUUACAAAUAUUUCCAAAUCAAGACUUCUCUAUUAUACUUUGAUAGCUUUCCUUCAGGAAACUCUGAAGAUACAUUUGCAAUAAUAAUGAAGCCAGCAUUUAGUACCAGCAUAUGGUUCACAGGCAAAUAAUACUGUCCCCCAGUUUUUUCUUAGUUACACUGUUUUCUUACUGCUAUGCUUCCUACACCCAACCAGCAGAAUUCUUUUCGGGUGGAGGAACGAAUCAACUCGUUCUCCUGUAGGGCUGGGGCCAAUUUGCGAAUCUCCUUCGUUUACUGUUCCUCUUGCGAAGGAAGUGACUCUGCUUUUCCACUGGGUGUACUAUGUAAAGGAUUUUUCUUCUUAAGAAUCUUGGAAAAGCCUAAGAGAGUUAAAGGCAUGUUGGUUUUGUUUGGUUUGCUCUGUUUCUUAUCCAUCUGCAAAUAAAACUGCUUCUCUGUUAGACUGCUUGGACUAGAACGUAGGUUUUUACUUACUAAUAAGCACAAAAGAAUCACGUAUAAGAAAUCAGAUUUAAGUGUUUUAAAUAAAACAGAGUUUUAUUUGGUAGAGAUGGAAAAAUUGUGUUGGCUUGGUCUGCAUGUUUAAUGAUGUGCUUGUUUAUCGAUAGCUCUGUCACUUUUAAAUAAGUACACAAGCAAGCCAAAUUUUUAAAUGACAAAGUCCAUAAGGAACUAGAAAAUUAUUGUUGUCUGUUGUUAUUAAGUUGAAAUUUAUAACCAUUUAUCACUUAAUUACACAUUGCCUUUAUUUAUUUAUGUUGGUUUUGGUUUACAGUGUAA